ACAUUGGCAGAAGUCUUCAGAUGUUUCAUUUGUAUGGAAAAAUUGACAGAUGCACAUCUUUGUCCCCACUGCAGUAAAUUGUGUUGUUAUACGUGUAUAAGGAGGUGGUUGACGGAACAACGUUCGCAAUGUCCUCAUUGCAGAGCUUCUUUACUUUUACACGAAUUAGUCAAUUGUAGAUGGGUUGAAGAAGUAACGCAACAACUGGAUACACUUCAGGCUGUUGGUAUUUCAAAUUCCAGGCAUGAUGAUUCCAAUAGAGAUAGGUGUAGUAUGCACUGUGAGAAGUUGUCUGUUUAUUGUUGGACUUGUCGUAGAUGCAUAUGUCAUCAAUGUGCUCUUUGGGGUGGCACACAUUCGGGACAUACUUUUAAACCGUUGGAAGAAGUUUAUGAACAACAUGUUACGCAAAUAAAAGCAGAAAUAGGUCAAUUAAAAAGAAGAUUAGUCGAGUUGAUAAGUCUUGUUCAAGAAGUGGAACGAAAUGUUGAAUCUGUGAGAGCUGCGAAAGAUGAAAGAGUCAGAGAAAUUAGAAACGCGGUUGAAUUGAUGAUAGCGCGUUUAGAUUCUCAGUUAAAAGCUAAAUUGUUAACGUUGAUGGGUCAAAAAAAUUCUUUGACGCUAGAGACGGAACAACUGGAGGCUUUGUUGCAAGAAGUGGAACAUCAAUUGCACGCUUGUACUCGUUCCGAACUUAUAAUCAAAAGUGCAGAUAUUUCGCGAAUGAUACAUCAAGUACGAAAGAAACCGAUGACGAGUUUCGUUACUGCUCCUGUUCCAGCAGAUUUUCACAGCGAAAUCGUUCCAGGCUAUGACAGCGCUACGUUCGCGAUGCAAAAUUUUACGCAAUUGCAAUUAAAAGCGGAUCCGGUAUAUUCUGCACCGUUGCACGUUAACGGAUUAUGCUGGAGAUUAAAAGUGUAUCCCGAUGGAAACGGUGUUGUACGCGGAAAUUAUUUAUCUGUUUUUCUAGAACUAAGCGCGGGUUUACCAGAAACAUCGAAGUACGAAUAUCGAGUUGAAAUGAUUCAUCAGGGAUCUCGCGAUACAAGUAAAAACAUCGUUCGAGAAUUUGCUUCUGAUUUCGAAAUUGGCGAAUGCUGGGGUUACAAUAGAUUUUUCAGAUUAGAUUUGCUCGCGACUGAAGGAUAUUUAAAUACCGAAUUGGAUACUCUUAUAUUGCGAUUUCAAGUACGUCCGCCAACGUUCUAUCAGCGUUGCAGAGAUCAGCAGUGGUAUAUCAGUCAAUUACUUACAGUCCAGAAUCAAUAUGCCACUCAAAUUAACGAAUUAAAAGAGUUAUAUGUUCGUGCGUACCUCGUUACAUGCGUCUUUGUGCAGAGAUUGGCAAUUGAGAUAUCCCGGAAUGCUAUGGCUGCAACCAGAGUACCUAGUGGUGCAACAUUAUGUGGAUCAACGUCAAAUGUAACAUGCAUGAUGAUGCAACAAUCGCAAGCUGCUGGUGAUCCAUUACUUAAUACCAAUUCUACGCGUUCGGCUGAAACAUAUCAGAAUGGCACAUCUACGAGAUCGGUACAAAAUGUUCUUCCUGGUGGAAGUAAUAGUGGUGUUUUGUCGGAUCAAUUAAUUCCAAUGUGUGAAUUAGGAGAACCUUCGAAUAUGCGUCCUCUUGGUUCUUCUUCAACGUUAUCUUCUAUUUCGUCCAAAACAAGCUUGAAACAACAUAGAAUCAAUCUAAGCGUCGUUGAAGCUGAACUGCCCGGUAUACAUAGUACAAAUGAUAGUUCUGUAGGAGAUUGCCCAGCUACGAAUACUCACUCUCCCCCUCCCUCAUAUUCUUCGCCGACAGUACUUAAUCAACAACAACUAAAUCUUCUGUCUAGUAGCAGUAGCAGUGAUAGUGGAGAAUUAAGCGAACACGAUAUAUAUUUAGACGAAUGCGAACAUAACGAACCACAUCUAACUCUUCUGGAUGACAACUCUAAUGACGAAAAUGAUGUAGACGAUGAAACAAUGUCAGGUACAAGUUCGAACAGAGGUUCUGUAGACGAUGUGCAGAGACACAGGCGAGAAAGCAAAUUAGAUAAAGAUGUUGAAAGUGAAAAACCCACAAAUGAGAAACCAGAUGAAGAUUUUAUGAAAGAAAAUCCUACCUCUCGUGCUCCUAAUCGCUUUCAAGCAGUAUCGUAAAAAAUUCUCUGUCGCUGUCCUUUUACAUUUCAUUUUAUAACGAGAAAAUAAAUAUUCCUGUAUAUGUAUAUAAUAAUGGUUCGAGUUACAGAAACUUGAUCUUAAUUUAUAGUUCGUUCGAAAUGAUCGUUAUAAAUUAUAAAUUUAAUAUUUCCUAUCAGUCGCGAUACAUAA